AUGUCCGGCGCAAGAGAGAACAACGCGGGCGUUGAGCUGUUUCCCCCAAUUGAGCCAGGCUCGCCGACAGAAGUUGCGCAGUCUCCCAGCGUUGAUGGAUCAAAGGGCACAGGGGCGAAUCGGCCUGCUGCGUCAUCAUCCUUGAGUGGACGCCUGCGACGUGCAUCCCGAAGCUUUGAGCAAUCUGAACUGCCAGAAGGCUUCUUCGCAGCAACAGGCGGAUUAGCCUCGUCCAUUCUCUCACGCCAGGCCGACCCUCGACCUUUUUCCAGUUACAUGAGUUCGCCCAGAGCCCGGCCAGCCGUUCCUGGUGACAAUACGUCGCAGUCCGCCCCAGGUCAUCGCUCCGAGGAAGGUCAGGCAGAGAGCAAGAAUGAUGGUAGCCAAGGUAACCAGAAAAUCGCCAACUGUAAGGGCGAGCCCCCAUCUGCAGCGCCAUUUCCAAACGGCUACCAUUUCCCCCCGAAACACUCAUUCGGCGAAUCGGCGAAGCUAGGUUUCCUUGCGUUUUGGAACUAUUUUCUCACGCCUGUGGGCUUCGCCGUCACUAUCUACGGCUUGAACGUGGUUGCGUGGGGCGGGAUGUUGUUCCUGCUCCUGUGCAAUGCCGCGCCUGCCAUGUGCUACCCUUCUUGCAACGACAUCAACUCACCGCGGCGCAAGUGGAUCGAGGUCGACUCACAGAUUCUCAAUGCGCUAUUUUGUGUCACCGGAUUCGGACUUGCCCCUUGGAGAUUUAGAGAUCUAUAUUUCCUGUUACAAUACCGACUGGCGAAAAAGGAAAGGGCUCUCCGGCGACUGGCUGGCAUUCAUCGGGGGUGGUUUCGGUUGGGGGGUUCGAAUGAAUUACCGGCGGCCCUAGGACCUCAAAACGUUGACAGAGAUGAGUUCCAGUCGGUCUCUCGCUCUGCAAUCCCAUUUCCUGAGACGAAGAUUCCCGAGGCUCCCCUAACUGAAGUCCGAGCCCGACCGACAUUAGGCUGGAAGUUAGAUCUGGUCAUCUGGCUCAUGGUCGCCAACACAUUCUUGCAAUGCGUUCUCUCAGGGUUCAUGUGGGGUAUGAACCGGUAUAGUCGCCCGAGCUGGGCUACUGGUCUAUUUGUUGCCCUUGGCUGUGGGGUCGCUGGUAUUGGGGGAUUCAUUAUGUUCCUAGAAGGGAAGACUGUUAAGAGCAUAGAAGGGGUGCCACUCAGUCCCGCAGAUACAGAACGUCUAGAGCGCGACAGGGAGCAGGGUGUCUGGCACUUUAACAACAUUCAAGACAAGAAUCUCGACGUCAUCGACCGCAUCGGCCAGCAUACUCGCCCACCUAGAGGUGCCUCCGUUUACCAUUUCCCGUCUUCUUGUGCUAUUCUCCGCCCUCGCCACCUACUCGAGCACCGUGUCCUCCACUGCCACACGUUUGGUUCAACCAAGCCGCCCUGGUCUGUGUCCUCCACCCACAGCCCUCGGCCUGGAGCCAUCAAACACGACGUCACUAGUUCACAGAUACCUGGAGACAUGGGCCUUUCCUACAACACAUAUCUAAAUGCCGACAAGAUAUACGGCUGCAAGACCUGCAAAACCCACCUCGCAAAUCACGAGGACAUCAUUAGUCGAAAUUUUCGCGGCCAGCAUGGCAAGGCGUACCUGUUCCACCGUGUUGUGAACAUUGAGGCCGGUGAGCCUAAUGAGCGUAACAUGACGACCGGCAGGCACUUGGUUCGCGAUAUUACUUGUCGCCAGUGCAAGGAAACAGUGGGUUGGAAAUACGACAAGGCCUACGAACCUUCUGAGAAGUACAAAGAGGGAAAGUUCAUUCUCGAAGCAGAGCUUCUCUGUAAUGUAACUUGA